AUAUAUUGUUGUGGACAAAAAUCCUCACUUUUGUCAAGCGAUAUGUGUUGAGAAUAUUUAGUUUCAACCUUUUACGAAGUAUGCUGACUUGUUAAGUGUAUAUUAUAAUUUAGGAGAUGUUAACAAUUUCCAAACUAAAUUGAAGUAACAUCAUAAUAAUCAUGGCUAAUGCUGAGCAGAAAAGAAGAGAUGAGUUGAUGGCCGAACUCUGUUUGAAAAUGAAUAGUUUCUUAGAAGAACCAGGCAGGCCGACAUUCUCCUACAAAAACGAUCAGGGGCCAUUGAUGAUUAAGUUUCUUGCUGACAACCCUGGGGUUAUUCUUGGAAACCAAGACAUAGCUGUCUUCAUCGAAAGUCUGGCUAAGCUGUGGGUCAGCUUUCCAAACCCCAAGAUAUCCCAAUAUGGCCUGGAUGCCUUGAUGAUUGUAGCUGAAGUAAUGCAAGCUAAAUACAAAGUCUACAGUGGCGGAGUUUUUCCUAUUCUAGUGAAUAGACUUGGUGACUCUAAGGAAGGGGUCCGUGAAAAAGUGAAGACAUAUUUCCUCAAAUUAAUCGAGGUCAAUGCGCACACUCCGACUCAACUGCUUGAGAAACUUUUGCCUUAUCUCAAUAAUAAAAAUAGAGACUUGGCUUUUGAGACAGAAAGGCUCAUAGAAGACAUGUUCACUCUGUACCCCCAAAAGGAUAAGCCAGUGAGCAGACAAAUGAUGUUGGAGGUAUUAAAAACACAACUAGUCGUAGACAAUUCGUUGAAGAAGGAAUGUACUAAUGUUAUUAUGAAUCUGACUGGAAGGCUAGGCAAAAAUUGUGUCAUCGAAGUUAUAGAAAAUGAAAUGCCCCAUUUAACAACAGCACAGGAAAAAAGGGCUCAAGGUAUAUUACAAGAAAUUCGACUCAAUUCUGAAGUUGAGACUUUGCAAGGAACCCCUGCUCCAGCAGAAGAACAAGAUGAACCAGAUCUCUCCCUUCAGGAAAAUAUUACGUCACCCGAAAACAAGGAUGAGGCUUCUGGUACUACUAAAAAACCUCAGAAAAAUAUUACAUCACCUGAAAACAAGGACGAGGCUUCUGGUACUUUUAAAAAACCUAAACAGAAACUGAAAUCGAGUAUUUUGCCUCCAAGAGCACUAAUACCCGUAAAAUCUGCGCCACCCAAGGAUACAACUCCGAAGACAGCUGUAGAGUCAGUAAAGCCCAAAGAGGUUAAGAGAAAAAUUGCAUCAGCGAUGCCUAAGCUGUCUGCCCGACCAACCGGUCUAAAAGCUUCAAAGUUAGGAGAAGGUGCUGCUUAUGCACUUCACUCAGGAAAGGCUGGUGUAGAUGCUGAUGAAGAGUGGUUCAACAGUGCCUUUGAAGAUGUUCCCCCGAUUCACUUGAUGUCCGUUCGCGAGUUUGAUUCGGUUGCCAAAAAGAUACAGGAUGAUUUAAAAACUGGAACAGAAUACUGGGAGAAGAAACUAGAAGCUCUAAAGAAGUUCCGAUCCUUGAUUCUGCAUGAUGAAGGGUUUGAAGAUAACAUUAUACCUUUCUUCAAAAAUAUAGGAACACUAUUCAUGAACUGUUUAAAAGACUUGAGAUCGCAAGUUGUGAGAGAAACGUGUCUCACCCUAUCCUAUGUUUGUAAAAUGCUGAAAAACAAGACAGACAGCCAUACAUUGGACAUGCUUCUACCUGUGCUAAUGACUAAUGUGAUAAGUUCGGCAAAGGUGGUAUCAACAUGCUCAACAGUGACCUUGAAGUUUAUCUUUAUGCACGUAAAUCACACCAGACUGAUCAGCACACUAGUGAAUCAAAUGAUAAGCAGCAAGUCUAAAGAGUUCAGGACUGUUGGGGCAGAAUGUCUCGUGGUCAUCCUGCAACAUUGGCCAGUCCACCGCUUGGAGCACCAGAUCGCAAACCUUCAAGAGGGUAUUAAGAAAGGAAUGCACGACGGUCCUCCAGAGGGCCGAAUGGCUGCUAGAAAGGCUUUCUGGGCUUUCUACAACCACUUCCCGGAGCAAGGUGAACUUCUACUGAGCAACAUGGACAUAAUGCUAAAGAAACAGGUGAUGGCAGCCCAGGGUGGAAGUGAGGAACCACAAACUCAAACAGUAUCCAAGAUACGACAACCCCUUAGUCAAAGAACUCCUACUCUACCUCGACAGCCAUCUCUGGGCAGCGGAAGUGUGGAGGACCUGAGUGGUGGGGGAGGGACUCCCACUGCGCUCCGUCGAUCCUCGGGAUCAGCCAUUCCUGUGCUCAGGCGAACUUAUGUCUCAGAAAUCCCCCGAGUACAACCAUCACAUUCGGGGACUGUUCAUACUAAUAGGUCCAACAGCGCUAUAGACCUGCACGCCGUACAAAGGGCCAAUGCACGCCAGCAGUAUGCGCAAUUGGCUCGCCAGAAGGUGGGCUCUGGCGCAUCACUACCUCGUCCAAAGAAAACUAGUACCAACACGACUUCGGGACCAGCGUCUGGCGGUUUUGUAACCGAGCGCCUAGGUCGUACUCGCAGUCGAGCGAAUGUCACUCAAAGCCAACCAUCCAGCCGAUCUGGAUCACCAUCAUCUAGGGGGUAUCAGCCCUACAACUCCGGAUAUGUCCCACAGCUGAUAGACCGAAGACCUCAAACUCCUAGGAGUCAGGGAGCAAGCCGAGAGACAAGCCCAAACCGUUUUGGUUCCAAGUCGUCUCUUACUGGAAUUUCUGCUAAAAGAGGUACACAUAGACCACCAAUUCAGCCCACUAAUCGUCCAGUUAUGGCUCAAAAAAUGUUGGUGCAAAGUCUAGAGGCUGAGAAUUCAUUGCUAUCAGAGUUGUACGACACUGAAGCAGGCGGUGAUGGCUUGGCUCACAAAAUGUCACCUCGUAAAACCAGUUAUCGCCCUUUUGAAGACCACAGCGACGACAGUGACGCUUCCAGUUUGUGUUCUGAGCGAUCGUUUGACUCUUACAGACGCACUUCAGAUUCGUACUCGUGGAGUGGAUCACAGCAGAGGUUAUACAGAGACGUGUGGGAAUCAGGGACCAAGGAUAUAAGUGAGAUAAUCGCUAAUUGUGAAAGCACACAAUGGACGGAUCGAAAGGAAGGUUUGGUCGGUCUUCAGGCAUAUUUGCAGGCCGGCAGUUCCUUGAAUGCCACGGAGCUCAAACGAAUAACAGACUGCUUUACUAGAAUGUUUAUGGACUCUCAUACCAAGGUGUUUAGCUUAUUCCUGGACACACUCAAUGAACUGAUCUUGAUGCAUAGAGCAGACUUGAACUCUUGGUUGUAUGUGCUUUUGACGAGACUGCUCAAUAAACUCGGGGGCGAUCUUUUGGGCUCCAUCCAGAACAAAAUCAUCAAGAGUUUGGAUGUGAUCAGGGAGUCCUUCCCACCUGAGCUCCAGAUGUCGUCGGUCCUGAGGUUUUUGACGGAUCCUACGCAAACGCCAGGGCCAAAGGUCAAGACUGCGGCUCUGAACUACUUGACAAAGCUUGCAGCCAUAUGUGACCCUCAGACUGUUUUCCCACCGAGCUCACCAAGCUACUCAAAGGAUUCUCUGCAUUCCGCCCUUCAUAAGAUGAUCGGAUGGACCAUUGCAGACGGUCUAAAGCACGGAAACGAACUUCGACGGGCUGCUCAAGAGGCCAUCCUGGCCCUGUUCAACCUAAACCCAGGACCAGUUACCAUGCGACUGGCCAAGCUACCCCAGGAGUAUCAGGAGGCAGCUGGCUCUUUGCUGAAGGGCCGAGUUCGUAGGAGUAGUGUAUCUAGCCCAGGUAACUCAACGGUGAACAGUUCACCUCCUUCACCCUCUGCUCGUAUGGCUUCCCCAGGACCUCAGCGACACCUAACACGCUCCAUUCCUCCCGAGACUGAACUCAAUCCAGAAGAGAUCUAUAAGUCAUUACGCAAGACAACAGCUGAGAUCCAGAACUACACUUAUGAGACGGGUAUGGACAAACCUCCGGACAAAGACAACACAACAUCCAAAGACUCGGGAAUCAGUCAACUUUCCGGUACUGAAGCUUUAGAAGAAGCUAUGGACGAGCUUUCACUUCAGUCAAACUCCUCUAGUACCACGUCUACUACCCUCACCAAUCGAGUCCUGACUGUGAGGGACUGUGUUGAUGCGGCUGACAACGCUCAAUCCGAAGGAGGUGUGAUGAAUGAGGAUGAAGCUCUGCGCAAGGUUGUGGACUCUCUUACGCAGCCUGACUGUGACAAUGGAGAGAACGUUUCUAUUUUGUCUGAUGCUGAGAAGAGAGCAUCUCUGACUCAGCUGACUCGACUGAUACGAGACAGCUCAGUCAAAGCGUUACAGGACAACUUCAGGCCGAUUCUGAGGAUUCUUCUGGGCAACUUGACCCUGGAAACCAACAACAGAGAUGUUCAAUCCAAGAUCCUCACUUUGAACGCUUUCACAGAACUGCUCAAGAAAAGAGCCAUCACUGAAAGCUUUACUCACUUCACCGAACUUGUCAUUCUGAAGGUCCUUAACUGCUAUAAGGAUAAUAGCAAAGAGGUUGUUCGAAGUGGAGAGACGUGUGCCAAUAUGAUUGCCACCACAUUACCAGCUGAUGCUGUCAUUCGAGUCUUGACUCCACUCAUCCAAACGGGAGAGUACCCUCUCAAUUUGGCAGCCAUCAAGAUGUUGACCAAACUGGUAGACGCUUGCGGUCGGGAUCCCAUCAUGGCCCAUCUUCCUGACUUCAUGCCUGGCCUUUUGCAGUCAUACGACAACCAGGAGAGUUCGGUUCGCAAGUCUGCGGUGUUCUGUAUGGUGUCCCUUCACUCUGCCAUAGGCGAGGAGGGAUUGAAACCACACUUGGCAGCUUUAAAUGGCAGCAAGCUGAAACUGUUACAUUUGUACAUUCGGCGCUCCCAACAAGGAUCAUCUGCCCCAACGUCGCCUCGCAACCAUCCUCCCACCAGCUAAUAACAUGCGUAUGAGAUGAGUAGCACUGGACGAACAUCAUUUCAUAUGUAUUUUUUACGCUAUUAAAAGUAUUUAACGAUAUUUAACACUAAAAGCUGAAUUUGUUUAAAUAAUUUAUUAGCAAGCUUUGAUAUUUAUCCAUGUAUCGUAACAAAUAAUAAAUCAAAAUGUAGAUAAAACGGUGCUAGCGUGACCAGAGUGCGUGCCAUGUUUGUAUUAUGUCAGAGAGCUAGCCUGCAAGAGAUAUGGUGUUAAAUCGUUAAGCUUUAUCCUUGUACAAAACUAAGCCAAAUUAUGUUAAUGUUAACUUGUACAUAAUAAUACUGUGAAAAUGUAACAAAAAUAUUUAUCUUUAAGAUAUUCGAGUCUUUACUAAGUCGCCAGUAGUUUAACACGUUCCUUCGAACAAGCUGUUGAAUGUAAAUUGUUUAAUUCAAUUUCUUGUUGUUUUUUGUUAUCAGAGUGGCAAAGAGAACGGCUUUCUCAGCAUGAAAACAAUAAAGUUUAAUCCUUCUUCGGUUUUUUACAUCACUCGUUCUGACAUACCUUACGUAGUGUAAGAUUAGGAUAGGUUUAAAUAUGUGAUUUGUUUUAUCUUAUCGAUAUUUUUAGAUGCAUUUGAUUUCCUAUUUUGUACUAUUACCUACUAGUUUUGUUAGGAGUUUUUCAAGUGUUGCCAACACUCACUGCAUCUUUGAAGGCUCCACGAUGCCACUCUACCUGAGUUUUAGUCUAUUACUGAGAUUUAACCGUUCUGCUCUAUGUAACAAUAUUCUAACAAGGCAUUUUGUAUUUUUUAUAAUAUAAAAUCUUCAUAUAAAUAAAAUGCGAUUCUGUUAAUUUGAA